UUUAUUGCUAAGCUUGUCAACAACACUGAUUAUGACAGCAACCGAAUCCGCAAUCUGAAGGAUUAUUCUCACACUCACAAUAUGUAGUAUUUCAGUAGAAAUACUUUAAGGUACACAAAAAUUGAAGGCAGCUUAAUCCUGGAAGGUGAAAGUGGAGAUGAAUUUAUGGUAAAUAACAGGAUUUUCUUUUUCAAAAUAUGAGUGAAAUCAAACUUAUCAAAGAUGCAGAGUCCUCGUCAACAUCUACUGAAUUGAAUAUGUAUUUAGAGAACUCAAUGGAUGCAGUACGAACAAACAUAGGGACCAAACACAUUGUCAAAAAACAACUGGACGAUGAUGAGAAGUUAGGACUGUUAAAUGUUAGGGCAUUUUUCUUCCUCAUCCUGUGGUAUAUAUUCAGUGCAUUCACAUUGUUCUUAAACAAGUAUAUUUUGACAACACUGAAAGGAGAUCCAGCAGUACUAGGUGCCAUGCAGAUGGUGAUGACCACAAUAUUUGGAUUUCUACAGAUGUAUCUUCCAUUGGGGUUUUAUAAACCUGUCGUAAGGGAAGGGAAACCUUCUAAUUUCUGGAAAAACAUGAUAUUAGUUGGAUGUAUGAGAUUUUCAACAGUAGUCCUAGGGCUGAUAGCAUUAAAGUAUGUAGCGGUAUCAUUUACAGAGACCGUUAAAAGUUCAGCGCCAUUAUUUACAUGUUUUAUUUCCUAUGCUUUGAUUGGAGAAUACACAGGAAUGUACACAUUUAUGUCGCUCAUUCCAAUUAUGAGUGGAUUGGCCCUGUGCUCUGCAUAUGAACUUAGUUUUAAUAUUAAAGGCUUUAUUGCAGCCCUAGCUACCAAUUUAACUGAAUGUUUACAGAAUGUUUAUUCUAAAGUGCUAAUUAGUGGUGAUAAAUAUAGAUAUACACCAGCAGAGUUACAAUUUUACACAAGUUUAUCAUCAAUAGCAGUACAAAUUCCAGCAUGUUUCUUUAUGAUAGAUAUGGAUUCUGCCAGUAAAACAUUUGAUAUUACUAUGAUCUCAGCUUACGUAAUAAACGGAAUAUGUUUUCACUUCCAAAGUAUAUCAGCUUAUGUAUUAAUGAGCUACAUAUCACCUGUAACACACAGUGUUGCCAACACAGUUAAACGAGCGUUCCUUAUUUGGAUAUCUGUAAUAUUAUUUGGUAACCCUGUAACAUUCUUAAGUGGACUAGGGACUGUAAUUGUUACCAUUGGUGUUCUGUUGUAUACCAAGGCCAAAGAAGUGGACCACAAUAGGAGAGAACUUAUACAGAGUUAUCCAAGGGUAGGAGAAACGAAAGAUGUUUGAUUGUAAAUUUUACCUAGUAGUUAUUUUUCAAAUGAAGACAUUUAUUCUUUGUACAAAUUUUUUACUUAUUGUAAAUAAAUUAAUGUGGUUGGUAAAUUUUUUAUUAUUUUUUACCAAAAAAAUUAAUUGUUCUUUGGUCCUAAAAAAAUGACUUUGUUUCUUGGUUUUAGUCAAGCACAAAAUUUGUGAAAAUGACCAUUAAAUAUACUUUCUCAGUAUUUGGAAUAAUUCCCAAGAACACAACAGCAACAUUGAUAUUUGUAUGGUAAAAUGAAGCAAUUUGGGAUUGCAUUUAUUUCUGACAUUUACCGAAAAUAUUUAAGUUGUUAAGAAAAUUUGUUAGAAAGUAAAAAGGUAUAAUAUUAAACCUAUUUAAUUUAAUAUUACCGUGAACCAACUUAUUUUCAGGGAUACUUAAGUUCUUGUUUAUCCCUUUCUAUCCAACAUAGCGGCGAUUUAAUUUCGCAACUUAUUAGUUUACUUGAUGUAUUUAGAUAAGAGAAGAUCUAAGUUUAACAUUUUUGCGACGAUUUAUAUUCGCAUUAUUUUUCUACUCGCUAAAGUCACGAAAAUAAAUAGGUUUACAGUAUAUUCAUGCUCAGCUUGCUUCAGUCCUGAGCAUCACUAAAAGGUUGGUCACAUGACUACUUCCAUUCCUUGCCCUGGUAAUGAUGAGCUUGGAUUGGACUAGGAUCACAACCUAACUAACUUAACUGUUAAUCAGUAUUAAAAUCCAGAAAAUUUGUACAAGGAAUGGUCUUCAAUUUACAUUACAUAUUGUUGAAAUGAUUUAGUUUUAUGAUUGAGGGUAAAAAUUCAAUUAAAUUAAAAUUUCUUAAUCGACUUAAAAAAGUUAUUUGUAUAGAUAGGGAUGUGAAUUAUUACUUACUAAUUUCAUUAACUUGCAUAGAAUUAAUUCAUUAAUAUCAUAUAGUAUAUACAUUUUAUGUUAGAGGCAUUUAAUUAAGCAAUAAAAAGUGGCAACUAACCAGAUAAUUGAUAGUAUAUAUUUAAUAAUGACGAUUUUAUAGCCACCACUUUUUGUUGAAUUUAUGACAUGUUUUGUUUGAAAUAUAUUGAAUUUUUGUUCCAUGAAUAAUUUUCAUUAGGAUCAUGUUAAUGAAAAGGAAAACUUAUAAAAAACUGACAGAUGAUAAAUGAUAUCUGCAUUUGGUUGUGAAUUCAAAGAUCUUCAUAAAUUAUUAGAGAGGAUGUAAUGUAGUAUUUAGAGGGUGCUUUGGGACCCAAAUCUUCUGGGGAUCAAAGGGUAAACUCACCUGAAGGAAAACAUCCUUAUAAUGCAUUAAAAUCUUUAAUCAUUCGAGUAUUACUCUAUAUCUAGCUAUAUACUAUACAGUACAAAAAAAAAACACAUCAAGAAACAAAAAGUUCCAAAAUUAUAAAUAAGAGAAUUAAAUGCAGGCUCCAGCAAUAAUUUCAUUUAAGAAUAAGAAGAUAUGGUAUGAUUGCCAAUGAGACCUCCUCACCAGACACCCAACGACAUAGAGGCUAGCAACUAUAGGUCACAAUACUGCCUUCAACAAUGAACAAAACUUACACUGCAUAGCAAAGUAUAAAAAGCCUUGAAAUAACAAAUGUAAAACAGUUCAAAUUAGAAAACUAAUGACCUGAUUUAUGUACAAAACAAUAAACAAAUACCACAACCACUGAAUUACAGGGUCAAUAUUUGGGACAGGUGCAUACAAAAUGUGGAGGGGUUAAACAUACACAUUCAACUUUAGUCUAAUAGAAGAAAUGGGGCAUUGUAAUUUUCUUAAGAGAGGCAUAGAAAACUGUAUCAUGUGUAUUAGAAUACUUGUCAAAUUUGUGCUUUAGAUGAUCAGAUGAAUGUUUGUUUAACGUCCAGUGGUGUGAGCUAUAUAAAAGUAUACCAAGGGAUAAUGUUUGUGCAAAUAACCUGAUACUUUUCACACAAUCUGAUCAAAUUACAGAUCAUGUGUCCACACUUUGCUUACAAGGAUCCGACAACAUUCUGUUCUGUUUGGUAAUUAUAACAUCAGCCAAUGAAAUUUUUGAAGGUGUGUGUACCAUUACACGAAAGAAUCCUGAAGGUUCUUUAAAACAGAAAAGUAGAAGAGAUCAUUUUCUGAAUCUUGUUAAGGAAGUGUGGAUCCAUAUUUCUAUAAGGUAUUUUUUCACAUAUCCUAUAACUUUUAAAUAAUUUGAAAGUUAAAAUCAAGCUGUAUAAAAAAAAAAGAAGACAUAAAUUAUAUUAAAAUGUGGUGACCUUAUUGUGAUACAAGUUUCUGUGUUCCUUUUUAUAAUUUUCCAACAAAAUGUUUUUUGUAUGCUCAAUGAAUUUAAUUGGUCUUGAUCAUGAUCAGAAAACUACAAAUCUUUUAAAAAAAUGGACAGAUUUGAUAAGAAGGUAAAGGGGGAGAAUAAACAAGUCAUAAUAGAAUCUCUUUAUAAUUAGCAGAAAUAAAGUUAAUAUUGUGAUAUUUCAAGCUACCUAUUGUGCAUAAUUAUCAUUAAUUAUUAAGAUUGAAUAUUUUUAAAUUGGAUAUUCAAUUAAAUCAUGCAGAGGAUUCUGAAAUAAAAUAUGAGAAGAUAUCUCUCAGACAAUUAAAUGUAAUGCCAAAAUUUUCUCAUCUAAGUGUCAGUGUUUGUAAGAAUCUGGCAAUUUACAAGAAUUUCAAAACAUGGCAGAAAAAAACCUGCCGACCUAACCAUCCUAUUUUGAAGUUACCCUCAUCCUGAGUUAGAAAUGGUAGGUCUUUAGUUUCUGUGUGUCUGGUAAUUUGAGAAAUUUCUAUAUAACUUUUGGUUAGAAUGAUAGCAAAUUAUGGAGUUAGCUCCCCUUAAUUGUUAACCAAAUUAUAUCUUGAAAUACCAGAACAGGAAAAGGAAACGAAUGUUAUAAUAUAUUCGUGUACCAUUAUACAUUAUGAAUUUAAAUUAAUGUAAACAUGAGUGGGUUUUUUUUCUGUCAUAUUUUUACCACUGGCUGAUUCUUAGGCAGAUUGGCACUUAAACAAAAAGCUAAACAAUUAAAGUUUUGUUUCAUGAUUUACUUAUUAUUAUUUUAUACUGUUCAUUUGCUGCCCAGAAUGGCAGGAUACUUCCUUAACUAUAUAUCUUCAAUCUUUUUUUGUAACAAGCAUUUUUGUAAUAGCUUUUGUUUGUAUAUUAACCAUUCUAAUGAAACAAUUGUUUGUAACAUUCAUUGUGAUUGGGUAAUGCAACAUUGUUUGUAAUGGUCAUUGUUAUUGGAUAAUGCCACAAAUUGUUUUAAACAUUUGAUUUGAUUGGAUAAUGUCACAAUUUUUUGAUUGAUUCAUGGAUUUGUACCUCUUAUCACCCUAUAUUUGGUUGUACUAACUCAUUAAAAUUUAUUUGCAUUCCACUUUACAAUACAUUUAUGUACAUUAGGCGAAAAAUCAAAUAUGAAAUGUUAUAGUUGCUCAUGACUUUGUUUAUUUCAUAUAUUUUUAUAUUGUUUGUUUGUAAAUUAUAUAUUUUUGAUUUACUUCAUGAUGCAAUGCCAUCAUGUGGAAUUAACUACAUUCAGGUCUAAUGCAAAUCAUAGUCCUUUGCAGCAACUUGGUGUGGGAUAUAGAGAAAUACCAAGCAACCUUCCAUCUGUCAGGCUGUCUGGUCUUCUAAGAGCUCACACAAAUGAUUUUUGCUAGAGUUUUAGGAAAUUUAUACCAAAGGUUUUUUUAUCAGCAAUGUCUCUCACAAAAAAUUAAAAAGCAGACUUGAUAAAUUAUUUUUGCUUGAAAUAUAACUUAGUAAGAAAUGUAAUUCUAUGGGAAAUUGCAUUUUAAUGGCUCUCAAGUCGGCUGUCUUGCUAGAUUUUUAUGAAAUUUAUCUGGAAACUUUAUAUCAGUAAUGUCUUUGAUGAGUUUGAAAAUCAGUGCUGAUCAACUUUUUUUUUACAGGAAUUAUGUCCCUUUGAAGUAUAAAUAAUAUUGAUAAUUACAAUGUAAACACCAAUCGCGCCUACAUUUCUUGUCAAAUUUUUAAAGGUUUAUAUCUGACAGCAAAGUGUUGGACACCUUAGAUUAUCAGUACUGGUCCAUUAUUUUUACACCAGUUACGCCCCUUGGACAAUUAAAUUGUACUGAAAAUGUGAACAUUUUUUCUCUCCUAUGUACCUUGUAGGACAUUUAUGAAAAAGCUUAAAAGAGCCCGAAAAAUAUAUAUUUGAGUUAUUGCCCUUAGACGGAUAAAAUAUGUCCAUUAGCAGGGGACAUUAAAAUGAUUUAUUAUUUUCUUAGAUUGCUGACAUAUUUAUACUUUAACAUAUGAAGCUAUUAUGAAGAACAGCAAUUCAGAAUUAUUAUUUGCUUGUUCCCAAGGCAACAGUCUACAGGAAGACAUGUCACUCUAGCCAGACGCAUUAUUCUGUCUCUUGACUUGACCAGAUUUUGCUGUAAAUCCUUAAUUAAGUGCUAUGUGCAUAGUUUGAUCCAACCAAGGAUAGAGUUACGUCCAGUACAAACAUAGACUUAAAACAUAUAUAUUUCCUGCAUUUCUGCCAUGCAUGCAGCAUUAAGGAGUAAAAGCUAGGAGACAGAUAAAAAUGUUUGAGUAGGUUGACAUGUCUUACUGCAGACUUACCUUUUGAGGAAGAACAUUAAAAAUCAGUCUGUUUGUCUAGUACAAAGCAGGGUAAGCUUCAUAUCUCCUUUACAUUUUACCAUCUUGUAUAUCCUGUCAGAUUUUUAUUUAAUAUAUUAAACCAUCACAAUGAUUCUGAAAAUACAGUAAUUGAGUCUCUGUGAAGUAGUAUUAGUUAGGUGUGGUGAUUGUUAUCUUUACUUUUUAAUAACAUUAGUGUCAUUUGUGACAUGGAAACCAUUAUCAUUUAUACUGUUACAGGCCUGAUAGUGAUUGUAAACACAGAAAAUUUAAUAUGAAAGUCAUUGUCAUAUAAUUUGUUAUACUAUUGGGUGUGAUUUGAUAUUCUAAAAUGAGUAAUUGACUGGCAAUGACGUUAUUACACUUUUAAAGUGUGAUGCAACAUUGAUAAUAUUGACAUUGUCAUUCUAUUGGAUGUGAUGUGAUGUGACAUUGAUAAUAUGAAAAUCAUUGAUUAUGUCAGUGACAUUGUCAUACUAUUGGAUAUGACGUGACAUUGUUAUAUGACAAUCAUUGAUUAUAUCAGUGACAUUGUCAUAUCAUUAGAUGUGAUGUGACAUUGUUAUGUGAAAAUCAUUGAUUAUAUCAGUGACAUUGUCAUAUAAUUGGAUGUGAUGUGACAUUGUUAUGUGAAAAACAUUGAGUGUCAGUGACAUUGUCAUAUCAUUGGAUAAGAUGUGACAUUGUAUAAUUAUGACAAUCAUUGAUUAUAUCAGUGACAUUGUCAUAUUAUUGCAUGUGAUGUGACAUUGUAAUAUGACAAUUAUUGAUUUUGGCAGUGACAUUGUCAUUUUCUUGGAUGU